GCUAAGAAACGCUUUCUGUCCAUGUUCCCGAGGCUCCAGGAAGGAAAUUUAGAUGCGUGUUUGGAGGGAUAAACAGUGAAAUAUAGCUCGUUUACCUUCAAGAGCAUUUUUACCUGGCAGAGACUGGAGGUCGUCCCAUGUAAUGGUGAAGUUAAGGGCGAGAUGUCUGCUGGUCGGAGAUGCUGCAGUGGGUAAAAGUGCUCUUUCUCAUAUGUUCUACAGUGAUGGCACUCUCUUCCAGAAGAAUUACAGCAUGACAACAGGUGUGGAGCUGCUGAUGAAGUGCGUCAACAUCCCAGCGACCAAUGACAGCGUGGAGCUCUACAUCAUAGACUCUGCAGGGAAGGAGACAUUAGUGGAGUCCUGUGAGAAAUUGUGGGGUGAACCUUCAUUGUUGUGCCUGGUUUUCGACCUGACCAAUGAGCAGUCUUUUGCUAACUGCAGCUGCUGGAUGGAGCGAGUCCGUGCUCACUGCCAAGGUCUUCAUGUUCCAGGUGUCCUGGUGGGCAACAAAUCAGAUCUGUCUGCUAGAAGAGAGGUCCAGGCAUCUGUGGCCAAGGAAUGGGCCCAAAGUCAGGGACUGGAGUACCACGAGACAUCAGCUAAGGAGAUGGAAAACUGUGAUGCGCCCCUCCUCAGUUUAGCUCGGGCCUUCCACACUCUGUACCAAGAGCGUCGUGAGACCAUCCAAAAUCUUAAUCCAGGCUAGACCCCUGCCCGCUCACUCAUCUUGAGUUUUCACCAUUAGGACAGCAAACAAAGGAUCUCUCCUGAGAGAAUCUCAGAGGCUGAGAGCUUUUGAAACUCUUGCAAAUGCAGAUAAUGCACAACAAAACACUGUUUUCAUUUCUACCAACCAAGCUUGGGAGUGUCUUGUUCAGACAGAUAUUUUAAUAUGACGACAAAUAAAGUUGUUUUUCUGUGAUAAUAGGUGGUUAGCUGUCUCUUAUCUGUGUUUCCUCUGUGCUCAAAUAGUGGGUUUUCUUUCACAGUGAUGGCUGGGUGAUUACCAAAACCACAAUAAUACUUCAGCUCAUUGUGGGGGGAAAGGAACGCCUGUACCUCCUCUUUUCUUUUUACAGCUCCUCUUCUGUCGCAGUGGUUGUUCCUGAUUUUAGGCAGCACAAAUGUUUGAUCUCCUCCUCUUAUUUUUUUUUUUUUUGCCUCAUACACUCACCCUCGUUGUGUUUUCUUUUUAUUUCCUGGCUUCAGCUCGGUUUAAGCUUGCCUUCUUUUGCAUUCGUUCUUUCUCACUCAUCCUGGGUUGUUGCUUGUUACUCUUUUCUCUUUCCAGUUCAGUUUCUUUCUCCCUCUGUGUAUCUAGCACUUUCUCCCUUGUUGUGUUAACUCCCCGGCUGCGGCCCUCUCAACAUCAUUUCAGUCAUGUCCCCUGUGCGGCGCUAACAACCAGUAAUCACCGUUCUAAUUAGCGCUCUCCCAUUCAAACCAGGUCAAAGCCAUGUCCUUGUUCUUUCCCUGCCUCUCAGACCAGCUGCCACCAUUCAAAUGAGGGCACGCUGGUUUGAGGCAGACACAAUAGUUUUUAUCUCAUUAUACACCACAUAUAAUGACUGCUGUGUUUACUGAUGAUGGCUCUGUCUUGUUUGGAAAAUGUGUAGUCCAAACGCAGUCGCAGGAUUUUAUUUUAUUAUUUUUAGGACAUUUUGAAAAUCACAGCUGCGUUUAUUCCCCAAACAUAUGCAGUAACUGAAUAACAUUUAAAGGAA